AUGAAAUUUGGGAAGGAGUUCGAGAAGCAAAAAGUUCCGGAGUGGACAAAAGCCUAUGUAGUCUAUAAUAGACUAAAACGAAUAUUACAAGAGAUACGCCGAAUCAAACAAAGUAAUCUACCUCCAGCCCCACUGAGAGACUCUCAACAAAGAUCAAUACGAUGCAGAACCAUCAAUGGUUUAAACUUAGAAGCAUGCAAUAUACAGAAUCCAGAGGACAUUGAGAAACCAGUAAUAACUGUUGAUACAAUAGAAAGUUAUACAACACCAGUAAAUACCUUCUACAAGGACAAGGUCGAGGAAGUAGCGAGGGAAGCAGCUUUGCUCAAUACACAAAUGGAUGCUUUGAUUGCAUUAAGGAUCAAGGUGAUGAAUCUAGGUUUUCAUGGAUCUAGUUCCCUGAGACGUCUUUCCACAGAUAUUGACAAUUUGCCCCCCUCGAAGGUUACAUCUCCAAAAAGAGCCAAGACUAACAACUCAUCAUUUUGA